UUGAUCAGUCAUCAUUACAAUUAUUUGUUUUUAUAUUUAAAAAUCUAAAAGUUUUGAAUGAUAAACUAUUCAAUUACAUAUUUUAUAGUGUAUGUGAUAAACAGAAAUAACGUAACCACAAUAACAUUUCAUUUGAUUGGACAACACAACUAGAUUGAGACAAUGAAGAAUAGAAGUAUGGCCGGUAAUUGUGGCAUUGGCGUGUUUGUCAUUGCCCUUGUUACUGUGGCAUUGGCAUUCGGUACGCCCAGCUGGUUGGUCAGCGACUCCAGAAUAAGAGGCGCCAAAUUAGAUAGAUUAGGAUUAUGGAGUCACUGCUUCAGAUCGCUGCCAGAUCCUCUCGACCAAUACCAAAGACGAUUCUUCGUUGGAUGUCGUUGGGUGUACGAUCCUUUCACCACGGGAUAUGACAAGAUUCGUGGAUAUUUACUCCCAGGUUUCAUGAUAGCGACACAGUUUUUCUUCACAUUGUGUCUGCUGGGAGUUUUGAUAUCCACAAUACUGGUGUUGAUGUUCUUCUUAUGUUGCGGACCUGACCAAAACAGAUUUGUGACUUUGAUCAAGAGUAUUGGAUAUAUUAUGUUAGCUGCAGGUAUAUGUGGAGUCAUUGCAGUUAUAGUGUUUGCAUCAUUAGGAAACACAGAUGGGUGGAUGCCAGAUCACCCCAACAAUUAUUUAGGCUGGUCCUUUGGUUUGGGUGUCGUCGGUUCCGUGGCGUGUUUAGUUACCUCUGCUCUCUUCCUGACCGAGUCAAACAUCCAAGCAAAGAAACGUAACAAGAUGAAAGAAUCUCAAGCUCGAUUUGAGUUGGAGUACGAAACGAAAGCAUAACAUUAAACAAAAAUCACAUAGUUUUACUUUAAUGUUAAGUAAAUAGGUAUAUGAACAUUGUUUAAUGUAUAACACCAGGGUUUGAAGCCUCGAUUACGAUUACAACAAAAAUUGAUCGCUAUAUCACAAAAAUUCACAACUUUAAUACAAAUGUAUACGGUUGAAAAUUCAUUAAUGAUAUCAACGAUUUCGAGACCUAAUUUUGUCUUUAUGACUUCUGAGUUUGCCGGCCCUGGUUUAGCUGUUUCUGACAUUAACAGCUGAGCUACAGAACACAUUAGGCAAUGUUCAUGUCUCGAAUUAUGUUUAGAUCUGAAGAACCAUCCGUCCAAAAUGGUCUGCGCAAAAUCCAAUACGAUAUGUAUUUUUUUAUUAAUAUUACCAGUAUUUUGCUUUAGAAAUACAUAAACAUAGUAUAGUAUGUAUCUAUGUUAGUUUACGUAUUUUUUCUAGUUCAGUUUUGUUUUUUGUAAGUUAACCAAAUAUGUGGACAAGACUUUUAAUACAUGGUCUGGAUGUUUGAAUGAGUGCCAGGUUUGUUAUAUUUAAUGGACUACCUCCACUAUUUUACGUUGCCGAAAAUAUUUUCUUUUAACAUUACGUAUGUUAUUGAAUAUUGUAGAACUAUGUGUAAAGAUGAAAACUGUAGAUUUAUUGCUUAUUCUAAGGGUAACUUAUGCACAUAAACUUUUAGAGCACUUUAAAAAACAAGUAUAUCAUUGUUAUAGUGUAAAUGGUGUGUAGUAAUGACUUUUAAUAAUGUGCCUUUAAUAUGUAUUUGUUAAGUGAAUUCCAGAGAUAUUUACAAUGGAGCUGCAUUUUUAAGUACUUGAUAUUAUUAUAAAAGACAUGAUUUAUCAACGAUGUACCUUUUUAAAUACCGUCCAUUUUUUGUGUUUUUAUUUUAAGUAGUAAAUAAGAUUAUAAUUAGA